UUUGGGUCUACGCUCACCUAUUUCACUUGAGGCAUUAGGUCCCAGUCCCACACCUGACAGCAAAAUGUCUGACACAGCAGCCUUCGAUACCAACGUGCUGACCCUCACCAGGUUUGUUCUGGAGGAAGGCAGGAAGGCCCAUGGAACAGGUGAGCUGACAAACUUGAUCAACUCCAUCUGCACCGCUGUCAAAGCCAUCUCAACUGCUGUCAGGAAGGCUGGGAUCGCUAACCUAUAUGGCAUUGCUGGAAGCACCAACGUGACAGGGGACCAGGUGAAGAAACUGGACGUCCUGUCCAAUGACCUGGUCAUCAACAUGAUCAAGUCCUCAUUCACCUCCUGUGUGCUGGUGUCAGAGGAGGACGAGAGGGCACUCAUUGUGGAACCAGAGAAGCAGGGAAAAUACAUUGUGUGCUUUGAUCCACUGGAUGGUUCCUCAAACAUUGAUUGUCUUGUCUCGAUUGGAACAAUUUUCGGCAUCUACAAAAAGACCACAGAUGGUGAGCCAUCUGAGAAGGAUGCUCUGCAGCCUGGAAGAAACCUCGUGGCAGCGGGUUAUGCUCUGUAUGGCAGCGCCACCAUGAUGGUCCUCUCCACUGGUCAGGGAGUCAACUGCUUUAUGCUUGACCCUGCAAUUGGUGAGUUUAUCCUGGUGGACAGAGAUGUGAAGAUCAAGAAAAAGGGAAAAAUCUACAGUUUGAAUGAGGGCUAUGCACAGCAUUUUUAUCCAGAUGUGACAGAGUACCUACAAAAGAAGAAAUACCCAGAGGAUGGUUCUGCUCCAUAUGGCAGUCGAUAUGUUGGCUCAAUGGUAGCUGAUGUUCAUCGUACUUUGGUGUAUGGAGGGAUCUUUUUAUAUCCUGCUAAUGUCAAGAGUCCUAAGGGCAAGCUGAGGCUGCUGUAUGAAUGCAACCCCAUGGCCUUCAUCAUGGAGCAGGCUGGAGGCAUGGCCACCACAGGAUCCAUGAAUGUUUUGGACAUCCAGCCCACCAGCAUCCACGAGCGAGUGCCCGUGGUCCUGGGAUCCCCUGAUGAUGUGAAGGAAUAUCUUUCCAUCUGCAAGAAGCAUAAGAAAUGAGUCUCUUUAAAGGACUGACAGCACAACCAAGAGGCUCAAUCAGGACAUUCAUUGUGAAGUGCUUUCAACUCAUUCCCUCAACUGCACUGAUGAAAGAACCAGGAACCUUGCUGGGCCCUACGUCUGCCUUGCACUAUGCUAAUUCCACCUUGCUGCUGUGGGCGAUAUUUGUAGAGACUUACCCUGUAUUUUUUAAAUAAAGGCAAAUGAAAAAACA